CCCAGCCACCACCACCGUCUCUCUCCCUCCGCCCUCCUCCACCGACAGCCGCCAUGGAGGAGAAGGCGGCGGUCUACUUCGCGUCGCUGAACCCCAUGGCGCGCAAGAUCGUGGCGGAGAUCGAGAAGGUGCGGGAGAGCCACGGCUCCGCGUGGGAGCGGCUGCCCGAGGCCCAGCGGGAGGCGGCGAUCGACGCGGCCCUCAUCAGAGCCGAGGCCCGGGCGCGGUACGAGACGCGGCUUCAUCUUCUCGGCGCUCGGCCCGCGUCGCCAUCGACGUCUUCGUCGUCUUCGUCGCCGUCGCCGCUGGCUUCGUGUUACCCCAAGCUGCUGAUACAGCCCGGCCAGAAGACGGUGCACUUUGGGGAAGAUGACAUCAAGUGGCAGGAUGAGCAUUCCGCUCCAUUUUCCUGGGAAACCAAGAGCCAGCUGGAGUUCUCGCUCAGCGACCUGGAGCCCGGAUCCAGCUCCCAGCCCCGUCCCGACUCCAGCCUGGGCCACGCCGGCGCCGCCACAUCGGCGGCUGCCACGGCCAACGGUACCGCCACGCCGGCGGGCGGCAGGGCCGGCAAGGGCCAGGCCGGUGGCCGGGAGGCUCACGUGGUGAACACGGGGCCCUUCCCGGGGGUCCUGCGAAGAGUGGAGGAAGCUGGCGCCGACGAGACGGCGGUGGGGCCGGCUGCCGCACCGUGGAAAUUGUCCGCGGAGAGGGGGAAGCCGGCAGGGGCGGCUGCUGCCACCACGGCUGGAACCGGACCGGGAUCUGGGGCAGCGUUAACCCCGGCGGAGAGGCUGAGCUCGCCAUACCGGAGGCACGAUUCGGCGAGCCGCUCCUACGACCCCAGGGCCGGGCCGGCGGCCUCCCGAUCCGGGGACCCGCCCCCUGUAGCACGCAAACCCCCACCGCCCUCGCCCGGGGCAUCCUACAGCUCGAUGGCCGACACAGCGCAUCGUGCGUUCGUGUCGGAGCCAGACGAAUCGGUGUUUGCGCCGUUGCCAUCAUCAUCAUCUCCUCCGUCAUCAUCAUCGUUUCCUCCUCCGGCGGCAUCAGCGGCAUCAGCGGCAGCGGCGGCGGUGCCGUGGAUGCUGGAGCGAGCCGCGGCAAGCAGGCCGGCACCGAGCGUCGCUCGAACACCGCCGCCCGUCGCCUCCGCCAUCACCGUCGCCACGCCCCUGCUGCCGGCCAGCGCCGACAAGGACGAGUUGUUCACCAGCCCCGUGGGGCACAGCCAGCAGUCUCCUGGAACCAGCGGUGGUGUUCCAAUCAAGUCCGGCUUUGACUUCCUGGACAAUUGGUAGAGCGCCCUUGCGGAAGGCAGGGAGGUGGAAGGAGUGGGAGGGGACUGGCCGGGGGGUGGGGCCCCAGCUGGGGGAGGGGGAGGGGUUGGCGGACUGAGAGAACAGCUGGUUCCGCGCAGCCGCCCUCAACAUGGCUGUCGACGGCAUCGCAAGGAAGGACUAACGUUGAGAGAGCGGGAUGGAGUAGAGUUGCUGGCGAUAGACAACGCUUUAUAGACCCGAUCACACGUAUAUAUACAUAUAUUAUACACACACAAAACACACGUACACACACGCGUGGGGUAAAGUGUGGGUACACCCACCUCUUCCGAAACGUACUGGCCAGCGUGGAAGAGGAGGCCAAAAUACCCUCAUCGAGGGGCUCGCUAGAGCUACCUCUAGUGGAGGCCCUUUUGCCAGCAGUGGCGUGAGAAACACAUUGCAGGGCUGCUUCUUUACCCAACAACAACCGCCAUUUGCCACUAAGUGGCGGUGAUGUCACCACGGCGCUUGUGCCAGGCUAUGUGCACUUUAAGACCACGUGAAAUGUCGAACAGCUGCUGGCAGGUCACGGGACAGACUCAGGUGCCAUGGGUUGACUGACUGAGAUGACUGGCAGAUGCACCACCCGUGCCCCCGACUGUUUUAGCCGCCUGGCGUUUUCGCUUGUUGCGAGCAUCGCUCCUCUGCGCUCCGUUGCCGAUGGAGGGCGACUUCCUCCAACUGCCCAGUCGUGUCCUUCACGAGCCUCCUUCACAGAGGCCGAUCUUGACACUGCUGGCACCAGUUAUUGGCAAGUCCACUCAGCUCCAUAUUCCUCUUGUACCACAUCAUUCCAUCAUGUCUCUAGCCCGUGCCGCGCCUGUUUAGUCCCCUCUCUCCAGCUGAAAAAAAGCUGUUUGGGCAUGCAGUGGCUGGGCAUGUGGACAACAUGACCCAGAUCACACAGCCUUGCCUGCCGGAGGAGUUCACACAAUCCAGCCUGGUUAAACCAAGGAUGGAUCGUAGGCAGGCCAGCCUGAAUGUUUCUAACUGGUGUAGAUGUUCAAUUAGGGGGGGUCCACUUUUCACAAAGGAUAGAGAAGGGGGAGGGCACGAUUGGCUGAAAAGACCCAGUGUGUUUGGCAAGGCGGUGUUGAAAGAUCCUUGCCAGUACCUUUCUCGGCACAGAGGAGGGAGAUGCCCCUGCAGUUAUUACAGUCUGUGCGGCCCCCCUUAAAGAGAGGGACCACCAGGGCAUCCUUCCAAUCCUGCGAGACCCGUUCAGUCGUCCAGACUUAUAAUGAUGUCAUAUAGGACAGGCCGCACACAAACGCCACCCUUAGUUUGCUUGGGAGAUCAUCUUUGCCUGGCACUUUUCCUGGUCUCGGACUCUGGAUCGCCUUCCAUACUUCCUCAACAGAUGGAAUCUCACUCGGAGGGGUGACUACUUACAAUAUUUGAGGCACCGCAGUCUCAGCAGGGCUAUUCCCACUUUGCCCUAUGUUUUCUGGGCCAAGGAAUUUCCCCUCCCCGAAGACCUCAGAAAUGCUCAGCUAACCUGUUCCUGGGGGUCGGAGGUCAGAUCACCCAGUUAUACACACACACGUGUACCUAUACGUAACUACAUUUAUAAUAUCUUAUCCCUCAUGUAUGAUACUAUAUCUUAGUUACUCAUGUAGCUGUCCGAUUAGGGCUGGGUUCUCAAAGUGUACUGCUGUUGGGAACUCGAGAGUAAUAUGCAUUUGUUUACCCAGGAAAGCCCUCGCUGAGUCUCAACACUCGUUUUCAGGAGGGUCCUGCUACCUUGGGAUGUUUGGCCCAAUUCUUGUCUUGUGUUUUUGGAAGACGCCUACAGUGCCCAGAGAAACUCCAUGAAAUACUUAAAUCUCAGCUGCAUAGGUAAUAAUCUAAACUACUUGCUGUGCUGCCUGCUUGUGGGGUUCUCACGCAUAUAAUUUUUAAACAAUGAGUGCUUCGUCUGGGAGGAAACCUCCCAGAGAAGACCCACGACACGCACGUGGGGGGGUGGGGGUGGUGACGUUCGAGAGUACCCGCAGGCGGGAUUGCGAACCCACUUUCUGUACUGCCGCAGCACUGGUCACCUCGCUCGUGGGCCCCUCUGAUCCGUCAACCCUCACCGCCUCCAAAGCGCUGGAUCACACGCGCGUGUGCAUCGCUGCCACUUCACUGCAGCACUUGACGUCCUGCGCAGGGGACCUGCCGAUAGGGACCACCACAGUAUUUGUACUUACCGCUGCUUCUGCAAUUAUUCACGUCAAUGCCCAUGUAUAUUCCGUCGGUUUAAUAAUGCUUCGGAUGAGAUGUCUGUUAGGAAACUGAGCAUACACACAGGUGCGCCAACGUAAUCAUGCAGUUACAAAAACCAAACGGUCAUACUUGAACAUACUUAACGCUGGUCAGUGCAAGUUCGUCAAAGGGGAGGAGGGGUGAGGCACAGGACCGGUUCAGAUGGCAGUCGCACGCAAAAUGUUAUCCAUGUCCGGGAAUCGAACUUUAGUGGCUGGACUUGUGGCGCAGUGCGCUAAGUGAUGACCACUCUGCCACCACUCCCACAUUGCGGGCAAUCAAACACCUUGUCGCUGAACACGGGUACAAGUAGCCAAUACAAAACCGCACUUGCACGUACCAGACUGCACCAGCUAUGCACCUUUGUAUUAACGUAUUGAAAGAAACGGUAAUUUCAGGGCAAAGAAAGUGGGCUGAUGGAAGGGGCAGACGAUUGCACACAUUGUAUUGUAUAACCGACAAGCAUACUUAAAUAAAGAUAAGUUUGUAUUCUGAAA